GUUCUGGAGAAGGGGAGGCUCGGUGGAGGAACCAAUUUACCUACUAAAUUAAUAUGUUUGUGGCUCGUAGCAUUGCAGCAGAUCACAAAGAUCUAAUCCACGAUGUUUCCUACGAUUUUCACGGCCGGAGAAUGGCAACUUGUUCAAGUGACCAAAGUGUCAAGGUAAAAAAAAAAAAAAAAUAGUGAGCUAAGCUAGCUAGCUAGCUAGUAGCAGGUUAGCUUGCUAGCUAACGCUUUACCUUAUUGAUUUUGAAAUAAACAGCUAAUUCAGCAAACAAAUGAACUGCAGCUAUAGCUAGUUUACUUGAUUACUAUUACCCACUUUUAGAGAAGUAAUUCACUGACAAUAUUUGCCGUUUUAAAACAGUUAAGCUAGCUAACGUUAACUAAGCUAGCCAGCUAAGCCAUGCAGCUAGCUUGCUAUGCUAGCUAGGAUGUCAACAAAACGCCCAGACUUGUAACCACAGCUUGUUUUAGUGAACUAUUGUCAAUGUUCCGCAUCCUUCAGGUUUGGGACAAGACUGAAAGUGGGGAGUGGCACUGCACUGCCAGCUGGAAGGCAAGUCUGUUUUAUUUCUUACAUGCCAAGAUUUAAAAGUGUGUUU